AUGCAAUUCACCUCUUACUUGGAUCGUGUGACUUUUCGUGAUUUCAGGGACGGUUCUGACAAAGAACAUAUAGAAGGAAGAGACAGGAGGAGAGAUGGCAACACUUUCAAAAAGACGGCGAUUAGAGUAGAGGAGACCUCCCACGCCACACCCACGCCCACACAAAAACUUCCUUCUCAGCCGCCCCCGAGUAGGAGUCCCCGCCAUCAGAGAUUUUCAGCACCGUCGAGCGCGAAGACUGAACGCCGUCCUUCCCGAAGUGAACGUGAGACAAGGUUGUCGGGGCCUUGUGUUGGUCCACGUUCCUCCUUCCACACGCCCGCCACCCGCUCAGCAACCCACCCGCGCCAUCAGAACCUCACCCGCGCCAUCAGGAACCCACCCGCGCCAUCAGGAACCCCCCCCCCAGCCAUCCAGGAACCUCCGCGCCAUCAGGAACCCACCCCGCGCCCAUCAGGAACCCCCAGCGCCCAUCAGGAACCCACCCGCGCCAUCAGGAUCCCACCCGCGCCUCAGGAACCACCCGCCAUCAGGAACCCACCCACGCCAUCAGGAACCCACCCGCGCCGGAACCCACCCACGCCAUCAGGAACCCCCCGCGCCAUCUGGAACCCACCCGCGCCAUCAGGAACCCACCCGCGCCAUCAGGAAACCCACCCCACCCACGCCAUCAGGAACCCCACCCGCGCCAUCAUGGAACCCACCCGCGCCAUCAGGAACCCACCCGCGCGGAAACCCACGCCAUGCAGAAAGCCGACCCGCGCCAUCAGGAACCACCCGCGCUAUCAGCAACCCACCCGCGCCAUCAGGAACCCACCCGCGCCCAUCAGGAACCCACCCGCGCCAUCAGGAACCCCCCGCGCCAUCAGGAACCCAACCCGCGCCAUCAGAACCCCCCGCCCAUCAGGAACCCACCCGCGAGCCAUCAGGAACCCACCCGCGCCAUCAGGAACCAUCACCCGCGCCAUCAGGAACCACACGCCGCCAUCGAGGAUCCCACCCGCGCCAUCAGGCCCCACCCGCGCCAUCAGGACCCACCGCGCCACAGCCCCCCCGCGCCCCCGCGCCAUCAGGAACCCAACACCGCGCCAUCAGGAAACCCACCCGCGCCUCAGGGAACCCACCCGCGCCAGGAACCCCACCGCGCCAUCAGGAACCCCCCCGCGCCAUCAGGAACCCACCCGCGCCAUCAGGAACCCACCCGCGCCAUCACCCACCCGCGCAUCAGGAACCCACCCGCGCCAUCAGGCAACCCACCCGCGCCAUCAGGAAAACUCCGCGCCAUCAGGAACCCGCGCGCCAUCAGGAACCCACCCGCCAUCAGGAACCCGCCGCGCCAUCAGGAACCCCCCGCGCCAGAUUCAUACAGAGCAAAUUCUCCGGGGGCGCAUCUCCCCUCACCGAAGCACGCGCCGAGGUGUGUCUCGUGUCCAGCUGAUAAUCGACCCUCAUAGAGGCCCUUGUAUGGCCCCAACUGUGCAUUUAAAGUUCUUUACUGCGGACAUGCUUACAGGCUCACUCAGAAGCAUAUGGGCGGUAGGUGGAUACUGU